AUAAAAGCAGAAAGUAAUAAGCAACAAAGGUAAAAUUACUGCAUACUUAGCAUUUGGCCUUAUCUAGAUGGUAUCCUGCUGAGUCCAGCCUGAUAUCCGCAGUACUUUACAGAAGGUAGGGAGUUUUCUUUCUCUUUUCCUUUAUCUAUAUAAAACCAGAAAAUCCUGUUUUUACAGUAUUCACAAGCCAAUCCCCUCAUUCCGUCAUCGUCUCUCUCAACAACUCAAGACAUGGAUAGGCUCUGCUUGCUUAAGGUCUCUCAGCAAACUAGAACAUCCUUCUCCUACAUGGCCUACCAUGCUGCAGUUUCAUAUUAAUAAACCAAAGUAACUUCCAAAUUAGCAUCUCCUAUUUAAAACAUUAUUUGUAUUUUAAUACAAAUGGGCCAAGGGAGCUGAUAAAAAUAAAAAAAUAAAACCUCUAGAAACCCACCCCUUUCUUGAUUACUUACUGAUGAGUAUGAUCCUGUCUUUCAACAAAACAGUGACUUGAGAAAACAUGCUGUGAAAAGAAGCCAUUUCAGGCUGAAGUCCCUACUUUUUAUAACCAGCAGUUUCUUCUCACCCAUAGCAAGCAUUUCACAUUCAGUCACUUGUACCUGUGGCCCCAGCGCUGUUGUUAGUUCUGCAAUCUCUUCUUCACUUUGUCUUGUAGUAUUCUGAAUUUUUUUAACCUGAAUUACCCCCAAAGCACUACACAAAAUAAAGAGACAUUCUAAUAGUUAUUAAGAGUACACCAGACAGCAAGAAGUCUGUGUAGAGUCCUUGUUUGCAUCAACAUGUUUAAUGAUAUAGAAAAUCUAUUCCAAAUAAAUCAUUAAAAUCUAAAGGGAAAAAUAUAUUACAUUUUAAAUGGAGGGAAAACAUCUGGUUUUAUUCAAGGUUGUGGUGAAUCUGUUUGGCAACUUUUAAAUCAAUUUAAAGUUAAUUCAGAUGUCUUUUUAAUCACUGCAGUUACAUAUAGAGAAUACUGAACCGAAAGAUGACAAGGCAAUCGUUUGUGUCCAAACUUAUCAAAAACUAUAUUUCCCUGGACUUUUCAUCCCAACAGAUUUCAAAUUCUCCUUUCCAAGGAGUAUUUGACCUUCACAUUUCAGGUCCUGUAUCUCUUCAUUUCCUAUACAAUCAUACGUUAGAAAACUCAAACUGGGCUGCAAGUACAUAUUUCUGUUAACUGACUUUAAAGAAUUUUGGUUGUUUUCAAAAUCUGCAAUCUGUUCAUUGUGCCAGCCCUGCAUUGCAGAGAAGUCUUAGCCUGCGAUUCCAGCUUCGCUCCUGCAAAGAGAGUCACUACAGGCAGGUUUAAAUUGUAUUUGCUCGGAGAGAAGAGGGGGAAGGGAACCCCCUACCCCCUGCCAACCUGACAGGCCAGGCUGGGUGACAAGCCCCCGAGAGGCUGCACCUCCCGCUCGCCGACCUGGGCGCUGUCCUUGGUGCUGCCGGCGCCAUAGCGAGCACAAGCGCCUUACCUUCUGCCCCUGCGGAAGCUGCGGACGUCCCCCAAACGUUAAAAACGCAAUAUCCCACUUUUUAUACAAAGAACUACCCUGGCCUGUUCUCUUUGUCCCCUUCCCGAAGCCUUCAGGCAGACGGUUCCUCAAAGUCUUUUUUUUUUCUUUUCUUUUUGUCUUCUAGACUCAGCUCCUUGGCGCUCAUCUCCAGCUGCUUUAAGACAGGAGUGGGGGAAGGGGAGGGAGGCAAGAAAAGAUGAGGAUGGGGGAGAGGAGAAGAGGGAAUACAGGGGGAGGGGAAGCAAGAGACGGAGAGAAGGAAAGAUUGGAAGAAAAGGGUCCGCGAGGAAGGUGCUGAGAGAAGGGCAGGGUGAAGCGAACUAAAGGCCAGAGCAGGAAGGAGAAGAGGGGCCAAAAAAGAAGGGGAUGGGAUUAAGCACAGAAGAUGGGUAAAGAAAAAAGUAUCAGGGAAAGGGCAAAAGAAGAGAAAGCCUUGAGGAUAAGAGGGUAGAGGGCUAAAGAACAAGGGGACCAGGGGGUCGGGGAAGCGCUGCCCGAACAGUGGGACAGUGACGGGCAAAGAAAGGGCGCUGGCGAUAUUCGCACCAAGGGUGCGAAACGCAAUCGGGAGGUGAGAAAUGGAGAGAAGGCGAAUGCCCGGCGACAAGUGGCCUGGGACUGAAAGGGAACCUGGGGGAGGGGCUGGGCCCAGGGCAGCAAAGUCCAGGUUCCCAUGCGACCUGAGCCCACGUGGAGCGGGCGCUGAAUCACCGCUCAGCCGCCCCCCUCCCCUCCUCCCCGACCGGUGCCCGCAGUCCCCGCCUCCUCGGCCGCCGCCUCCACGGGGCGGGGCCCUGGCCCGGGACCAGCGCCGCGGCUAUAAAUGGGCUGCGGCGAGGCCGGCAGAACGCUGUGACAGCCACACGCCCCAAGGCCUCCAAGAUGAGCUACACGUUGGACUCGCUGGGCAACCCGUCCGCCUACCGGCGGGUAACCGAGACCCGCUCGAGCUUCAGCCGCGUCAGCGGCUCCCCGUCCAGCGGCUUCCGCUCGCAGUCGUGGUCCCGCGGCUCGCCCAGCACGGUGUCCUCCUCCUACAAGCGCAGCAUGCUCGCCCCGCGCCUCGCCUACAGCUCGGCCAUGCUCAGCUCCGCCGAGAGCAGCCUUGACUUCAGCCAGUCCUCGUCCCUGCUCAACGGCGGCUCCGGACCCGGCGGCGACUACAAGCUGUCCCGCUCCAACGAGAAGGAGCAGCUGCAGGGGCUGAACGACCGCUUCGCCGGCUACAUAGAGAAGGUGCACUACCUGGAGCAGCAGAAUAAGGAGAUUGAGGCGGAGAUCCAGGCGCUGCGGCAGAAGCAGGCCUCGCACGCCCAGCUGGGCGACGCGUACGACCAGGAGAUCCGCGAGCUGCGCGCCACGCUGGAGAUGGUGAACCACGAGAAGGCUCAGGUGCAGCUGGACUCGGACCACCUGGAGGAAGACAUCCACCGGCUCAAGGAGCGCUUCGAGGAAGAGGCGCGGUUGCGCGACGACACUGAGGCGGCCAUCCGCGCGCUGCGCAAAGACAUCGAGGAGGCGUCGCUGGUCAAGGUGGAGCUGGACAAGAAGGUGCAGUCGCUGCAGGAUGAGGUGGCCUUCCUGCGGAGCAACCACGAGGAGGAGGUGGCCGACCUUCUGGCCCAGAUCCAGGCAUCGCACAUCACGGUGGAGCGCAAAGACUACCUGAAGACAGACAUCUCUACGGCGCUGAAGGAAAUCCGCUCCCAGCUCGAAUGCCACUCCGACCAGAAUAUGCACCAGGCCGAAGAGUGGUUCAAAUGCCGCUAUGCCAAGCUCACCGAGGCGGCAGAGCAGAACAAGGAGGCCAUCCGCUCCGCCAAGGAAGAGAUCGCCGAGUACCGGCGCCAGUUGCAGUCCAAGAGUAUCGAGCUAGAGUCUGUGCGCGGCACCAAGGAGUCCCUGGAGCGGCAGCUCAGCGACAUCGAGGAGCGCCACAACCACGACCUCAGCAGCUACCAGGACACCAUCCAGCAGCUGGAAAAUGAGCUUCGGGGCACAAAGUGGGAAAUGGCUCGUCAUUUGCGCGAAUACCAGGACCUCCUCAACGUCAAGAUGGCUCUGGAUAUAGAAAUCGCUGCAUACAGAAAACUCCUGGAGGGUGAAGAGACCAGAUUUAGCACAUUUGCAGGAAGCAUCACUGGGCCACUGUACACACACCGACAGCCCUCAGUUACAAUAUCCAGUAAGAUUCAGAAAACCAAGGUGGAAGCUCCCAAGCUCAAGGUCCAACACAAAUUUGUCGAGGAAAUCAUAGAGGAAACCAAAGUGGAGGAUGAGAAGUCAGAAAUGGAAGAGGCCCUGACAGCCAUUACAGAGGAAUUGGCCGUUUCCAUGAAGGAAGAGAAGGAAGAAGCAGCAGAAGAAAAGGAAGAGAAGCCAGAAGCUGAAGAAGAAGAAGUAGCUGCCAAAAAGUCUCCAGUGAAAGCAACUGCACCUGAAGUUAAAGAAGAAGAAGAGGGGGGAAAGGAGGAAGAAGAAGGCCAGGAGGAAGAAGAGGAAGAAGAAGAUGAGGGAGCUAAGUCAGACCAAGCCGAAGAGGGAGGAUCUGAGAAGGAAGGCUCUAGUGAGAAAGAGGAAGGUGAGCAGGAAGAAGGAGAAACAGAGGCUGAAGGUGAAGCAGAGGAAGCCGAAGCUAAAGAGGAAAAGAAAGCGGAGGAAAAGCGUGAGGAAGUGGCUACCAAGGAGGAGCUGGUGGCAGAUGUCAAGGUGGAAAAGCCAGAAAAAGCCAAGUCUCCUGUGCCAAAAUCACCAGUGGAAGAGAAAGCCAAGUCUCCUGUGACAAAAUCACCAGUAGAAGAGAAAGCCAAGUCUCCUGUGACAAAAUCACCGGUGGAAGAGAAAGCCAAAUCUCCUGUGACAAAAUCACCCGUGGAAGAGAAAGCCAAGUCUCCUGUGACAAAAUCACCAGUGGAAGAAGCAAAGCCAAAAGCAGAAGUAGGGAAAGGUGAACAGAAAGAGGAAGAAGAGAAGGAAGUCAAGGAAGCUCCCAAGGAAGAGAAGGUAGAGAAAAAGGAAGAGAAACCAAAGGAUGUGCCAGAGAAAAAGAAAGCUGAGUCCCCGGUAAAGGAGGAAGCUGUGGAGGAGGUGGUCACCAUCACCAAAUCGGUAAAGGUGCACUUGGAGAAAGAGACCAAAGAAGAGGGGAAGCCACUGCAGCAGGAGAAAGAGAAGGAGAAAGUGGGAGGAGAGGGAGGGAAGGAGGAAGAAGGGAGUGAUAAAGGUGCCAAGGGAUCCAGGAAGGAAGACAUAGCUGUCAAUGGGGAGGUAGAAGGAAAAGAGGAGGUAGAGCAGGAGACCAAGGAAAAAGGCAGUGGGAAGGAAGAGGAGAAAGGCGUUGUCACCAAUGGCCUAGACUUGAGCCCGGCAGAUGAAAAGAAGGGGGGAGAUAAAAGUGAGGAGAAAGUGGUAGUGACCAAAACGGUAGAAAAAAUCACCAGUGAGGGGGGAGAUGGUGCUACCAAAUAUAUCACUAAAUCUGUAACCGUCACUCAAAAGGUUGAAGAGCAUGAAGAGACCUUUGAGGAGAAACUAGUGUCUACUAAAAAGGUAGAAAAAGUCACUUCACACGCCAUAGUAAAGGAAGUCACCCAGAGUGACUAAGAUUUGAGUCCACUGCAAAAGGUUAAGCCAUAUGACAAUUUCAAAAUGCAUGUGAUUGGCAGCUUCAAAACAGAACGGGUUCUCCCAUGGGGGCUCCAGACAUUGUAUUUUACUUUGUGCAAUAUGAGGGGACUGCAUGCAAGCUCAGGGUGCUCCCUCCUCAGUCUUUGGGGGAUUCAAAUGCAUGAUAUUGUAUGUACCUGGGAAAUUUGCCAAUUUCCUAAGCUGUUGGAAGGGGGUCACUUAAGGGGGGAUGUCUUGAGAUGUAUUAUGCAAAGUACCAACUGAGCCAAAAACAAUAAAUGAAACACAGAACUCUCUUAGCCUUAAGAAAGCUAUAUAUGAAUAAUUAUGUUUACCUCACUGGUGUGUUUAAAAUGGACUUUUGUUCAUGGGAGAACCUUGUUGACAUGCACAGUUUGCAAUCUUAUGUUGAUCGAUGUUAAACGUCACAGCAGUACUUGCUCAAUAAAGGUCAUAUUGGAAACAUAG